UAGAAAAAUGACUUUUAUCGACCACUUGUCAGCUUAUCUGCCCAUCACUAGUAAACCAGUUUCAAAAUGUCAUUGACUUCGGUGGUAGGAGUUAGUCGUCUGCAAUUUCGUAAUGCAUUUAAAAUGAACUCGUAGCAAACACUCCGUUAUUCGCCUCGAGCUAUCGAACAAAUUUAGCACUACAUUAACAUUUAAAUAGUAUUAGAUUUGUUAUAUCGUCGCGAGAGUUAACACGUAAAAAUGGUGAUUGAAAAAAUUUGCUGCCUCGGCGCUGGCUACGUUGGAGGCCCAACUUGCAGUGUGAUUGCGUGGAAAUGUCCCGAUAUUAAAGUAACUGUAUGUGACAAAAGUAUUGAACGUAUUAACCAGUGGAAUUCUGACAAAUUACCGAUCUACGAGCCGGGUCUUGACGAAGUUGUAAAAGAGUGCAGAGGAAAGAACUUGUUCUUUUCUACUGAUAUUGCAAAUAGCAUCCAAGAGGCUGACUUGAUAUUUAUUUCUGUAAAUACUCCGACUAAAACCAUAGGCAAUGGCAAGGGUAGAGCCGCUGAUUUGAAGUAUAUUGAGGGCGCGGCUCGAAUGAUAGCCGAUUUAGCCACCAGUAACAAAAUUGUGGUUGAAAAGAGUACGGUACCAGUAAAGGCUGCUGAGAUUAUUAUGAAAAUACUUCGUGCUAACACAAAACCUGGGGUAGAGUAUCAAAUUCUGUCUAACCCAGAGUUUCUUGCAGAAGGCACUGCUAUUGUAGAUUUAGUUGAAUCUGAGAGGGUGCUAAUUGGUGGUGAAGACACUCCAGAAGGUCAGAAAGCUGUUCAGGCACUUUGUUGGGUGUAUGAACAUUGGAUCCCAGCCAAGAAUAUUCUUACUACAAACACAUGGAGCUCUGAGCUAUCAAAAUUAGCUGCUAAUGCAUUUUUAGCUCAAAGAAUAUCUAGUAUUAAUUCUCUAUCUGCUGUGUGUGAAGCUACUGGUGCUGAUGUAUCUGAAGUAGCAAGAGCAGUUGGCCGUGACUCAAGAAUCGGUCCAAAGUUCCUAGAAGCAUCUAUCGGCUUUGGUGGUAGUUGUUUCCAAAAAGAUAUACUUAACUUAAUAUACUUAUCAGAAUGCUUAAACCUGCCAGAAGUUGCUGCUUAUUGGCAGCAAGUUGUUAGCUUUAACGAUUACCAGAAAAACCGUUUUACAAGAAAAGUUAUUGAGUCACUUUUUAACACUGUCUCAGACAAGAAAAUUGCUAUUCUUGGCUUUUCAUUCAAGAAAAAUACAGGUGAUACAAGAGAAUCACCAGCUAUUUGUGUAUCAAAGACAUUGUUAGAUGAGGGAGCUAAACUACAUAUCUACGAUCCUAAGGUGGAAACUGACCAAAUAUACUAUGAGUUGACUCAUCCGCAAGUAACAAAUGAGCCAGAAGUUGCAAGGAAAAAUAUAGAGAUACACAGCUCUGCCUAUUCAGCCGUAACGGGUGCUCAUGCUAUCGUUCUAUGUACUGAAUGGGAUGAAUUCAAAGAAUUAGACUUCAAAAAAAUAUACAAUGUAAUGAUGAAGCCGGCCUACAUUUUUGAUGGACGGAAGAUCUUAGAUCAUGAGGCAUUAAUAAACAUUGGUUUCCAUGUGCAAACAAUUGGCAAGCGUUUGUCGAGAACAAGCAGUAUUAGAGCUCAAGGCAGUCAGACGUUACCUUAGACUUGUGAAAUCACGAAAACAUCUUCGUACUACUGAAAUAAGCAUUCACCAUUCAAGCUGAGACGUUAAGAUAUCUGUGGUUCAAUUUACGGUAAAACUUUGAUAGUCUGUGUGGAAAACGAACACAUUUUCCGGCUAUAUUAACUCAUAUUACAAAUUCAGUUCAGAAAUUAAUUAUAUUAUGGAACUUUCCAGUAGACAUGAAUAUGUCAAAAAUUAGACAAUUAAAGCAAUAAUUAAUAUAAGUGUAUCUCCUGACGCAAACGGGGAUCUUAUAUCUGUCGUAGGUUUUAAAUCAUUGGAUCGGUGAUACGUUUUUUUAGUUAUUAAGUUUACUAUACUUAAAUAUAUAUAUGUAACUUUGUGUCAAAUGUAUUAAAACAAAACGUCAUCGAAUACAUUUAUUAUUAAUUAUUAAUAAAAUGUAAUAAAAAUAAGUAUUAUUUUAACUUGACCGGCCUUUUUUUAUUUAUUUAAACAAAGAUUGGUCGAUGUAAGCUUUAGUUUAAGACGCUUAAAAGUAUUAAUUAAUUGGAAAAACAGUUCCGGGAAUAAACAUAUAAGUGCGAUUCAAAUUUGUGUCGUUACUAUAAACUCUUCAGUAGCUUAUAAGGUUUGGUUAUACAGCGGACGGGGCGGGACCAAACCACUAGUAAAUACCAAGAUAGGUGAUUCAAUAAAUACAGAGAAUCAGAGAAAAGUUUUUAUAAUCAUAACUAAUUAAUCAUGCUACAUGUCAAAGUCCGAAUUGACAUCUUAUUUGCAUUUGACUGAUACUUAAGAAAUGGCGCAUUUAAUAGGUUGACAAUUCCAUAAGCAUUUUUAUAUAUAAUCUUACAUUUUACUACGCACGACGAGAUAAAUUAAGAAAUCCACAUAAUAUUUGGUUCCUUCAAAUGCUGGUUGAGGAAUCUUCAUAUUUAUUUUUAUCCAUUUAACAUUACUUAAACAUUACUACAUUUUUUUACAUUAAAUAUGUAUAUUGACUGGUCGUAUCAAAGGACGCAUUAAAUUUUUUUUACAAACUUUUUUCACAUAUACGAAUGACAUUUAAAAAAAGUCAAUAUUCAACCUUGUAUAUCGAAUGCAUUUAUGUUAAUUAUGAUUUUACAGAUAAUUUUCUGAAUUACAUUUGUAUUUUAUUUGUCACGAAUAUAUAAAUGUCAUUUUACAGGUUGCAGAUGCAACAAUUUAGCUACAAUUAAGGUAUAAUCAAAUUACACAAAUAUUUUAAACUGUAUUUUAUUAAAAAUUAUUUACAAAA